AUGAGUCAGUGUGUCCGCAUCACAGAUCUCGCUUUCGCUCUUUCUCUCUCUCUCUGCAAAGUUUUGAUUUCUAUUUUCGAUGCCUUUUUCUCUCUCCACUUCAGCGAUGAAGACAUGAUAUCCCUGGCUUCCUCAAUGUCCCUUACCUACGCUCCCUCCUCAGCUUAUGGCAUGAUGGGCAGUAGUCGAUUUGGCAGUGAUUCACCCAUUCCAGAAGCUGCAAACAGUCCAACCGAUGACUUCACUAGCAUUACCAACCAACUUCAAGCUCUUGAAAGAUGUCCAGAUCCUCCGGAGGUGAAUGCCAAGAACGAAAAAGAUGAACUCCCCUUUGGAAAUAUGAAUGAGACUAAGGUGCAAUGCCAUAAGUAUUCGCAAUUUUCGUUUGGUAAUUACCUAAGCUCUCCUUCCGGUCUGUUCAUAUAUAUCUCGUUGCCCAAUUUUGGUGUCAUUAAACUGCAACCGUUUGGACCUACGGCUGAUUGUGAUCGAAUUCGUGCUGUUCCAGCUUCUGUUGAGUAUAAAAUGCGUCCACAGAUCUUUGGCAGAAUUUUUGGUAAGCCUUUGACACUUUAUUGGCACCACGCUAUUUAUAUUUCUUUAUUAGUUCAAGUCCUUUGUUUGUGUUAUGUGCGUAAAAUGAAGCUCUGUCGCCGUUGA